UCUUACGACAUGCGAUUACAGUUAUGGCUCUCGAAAUAACUCCUUUUUUAAAAGUCUUUUAUCAUUCAUUCAGUUAGUAGGAAUUGAACCAUGUGUUAUUAACCUCAGCGAGGGAGCAGUGAGUACUAUAUAUAACUUCCUUUGAUCAUAAUUCGCUGAGUGUAGUAACCUUCGCAGUGUCACGGUCAAGAUAUUAUGUGACGCAAUCACUUCUCGUGGAUUGCAAUCUUUCUCGAUAUUAUGUUAAUGGGCAGCGAGUUAGAUUCUUGGUGGAUUAAUUUUUAUAAUCAUAAUCAGCAAUCAUACCAGCGAGUUGUAUUAUAAAGGUACAAUUUAAUGAGAACACUAUAUAUAUGCAGUAUGCACUUACAUAAUAUUAUAAUAGGAUAAUACAAAUUAUAUUUUACAAACCUUAAACUUAUCCCUAUCGACAAAAAAAGUUAAUUGACAAUUCACUUUCGACGUAAUAUCAUAGUUUUACAAAUGACAAUUCCGACUAUAAUCCCCAUCGCAAAAACAUAACCUAUGGUUCAAAAAUUUGAUAAACCGUUCAGUGGUAAGGGUACAAAGAAGAGCAUCAAAGCCGAUAUCAUCAUCCUGGGAUGUACGCUGCCGGGAAUCGUCACCGCGCACAAACUGAAGAGACGGUUCGGCAACACCAUGGACAUAGUCGUUUUAGACCUCGUUGGGCCGCAACGCAGCGCGUCCAAAUGCAACGUGGCUUUCCAAGCCUUAGAUGACGAGACUGACAAGGAAAACAACCCUGACAGUCAGGACGAUACAACCCGACAACUAGUUAACAACGUAGCGAAGUACUACCUGGCGAAAUAUGCUAAGGAAUUCAGUAUUCCUUUGCCAGAAGUUAUCAUCACUCCAGAGAAAGUAAGGUCGCCGUUAAGCAAACUGUUCCAGCAUCGAAACGGUCAGACUGUCGAGUGCGCUAAAGAUUUUCAUGACUUCGAUUACUUAAGCUUCGUUGAGAGGUUCGAAAUGAGACAGUACCAAACUCUUCUGGACCAGAGCAUGAAGAAUCUGUUUCAAACGAGAGCAGACACGAAAUACGAGAGGAUGAGGCUUCACUAUUAUGAUCAAACCACCAUGGAAAAGCAUAUCUGCGACGCCUUGCUGUUCAGCACGUCGAGAGAGAUUAUGAGAAACACCGUGAGGUUGGUGUGUGGUGCACCAGCGAGCUCUGUGUCUGUCCUGUUCUACCUUCACCAGUGUCAUAGGACUUGCGGUGCCAGAAACCAUCUAGAUGGGGACAACACCAAGUUCCGCGAGAAACUUUUAGGUUAUUGCAGGAAAAGGUUGGCUAACAAAUUGCAGCAGAGCAUAGCAGACAUAACCCUAUCGGCGAAAUCGAUCACGGAAAUCCGAACAUAUUCUGAUGAGCAGGUCGUAUUGGAGACCAUGAAAGGUGAGACGAACUACGUAUGUAAUCUCUUAGCUAUGGCGUUGAGGCCAGACCAGUUAAAUACUAUUCAAGUGGAAGGCCAAUUGCUGUCAGAACAACAGGCAGAUUUAACUGGUUCAAUGAAGCCGGGACGCGCUAAGAAGUUCGCCAUUCAGUACGAAGAAAAUUUCUGGAGAAAGCAGGGUUACAGCGGCGAUAUAUUAAGCAUACGAGGACCUAUCAUUUGGGCGAUGGAAAAACCUAGAAUGUCGGGCACUGGCAGCUCGGAGAGAUAUUUUUCCCUGAUUGGCUACCUAAAGGUAAGAGACGAUAACAUUGAUUCCCAGGAAGCCGUAAUUGAACAGCUUAUUAAACUAUUUGGGGACGAAGCUGCUACACCAGUAAGCUACAAGGAAAGGGACGUUGCCGAUCUGUUCAUACCUCGCUGCGGCGAUUUUGUAGCUCUAAAGACUAUGACGCGAGACAGCACUCCUAAAUACUUGGAGUGGGGUGCUCUGGAUAUAUUUGCUGAUGGUGAUGUAGCUGCUGCAUUAGAAGCUGGACAUACAGCGUACCUGAACCUCCUGACUUGUCUUCGGCCUCAAGCUAUGACGUUUGAAGACCUUAGUACUGCUGAAUGGCCUAUUGUCCUGAACGAAAAGCCGCUCAAACGCUGGCUGGCCCACAUAAACGUGAUCUCUACGAUGCAUUUUGUAGUGUUCACUGCAGCUCUGUGUAUUGGAGUUCGUCUCCUCAGGUCAUAUAUUAGAAAAUCUUAAUUUCAGGAAGUUAUUACCACGUUCGUUACAAAUGUUAAUUUUAGAUAUGUUUAUGUUUUAAUAAAUUGUUUUAUUUA